CGCACGUCGGAGGGAAUUCGAUCCGAUCUCCGCUUGCGCUGCUGCGUUAAAUUCAAGGGUUUGCAUCCGCGAGCCAUGGCGGGGAGGGCCAACAUCCCCACCAACAACUCCGCGCUCAUCGCCAUCAUCGCCGACGAGGACACUGUAACUGGCUUCUUGAUGGCUGGAGUUGGCAAUGUUGAUCUUCGCAAGAAAACCAACUACCUUCUCGUCGAUAACAAAACAACGGUGAAACAGAUUGAGGAUGCAUUUAAAGAGUUUACUGCGAGGGAGGAUAUUGCCAUUGUGCUCAUCAGCCAAUAUAUUGCAAACAUGAUAAGAUUUCUGGUGGAUAGCUACAACAAGCCGGUCCCUUCUAUUCUGGAGAUCCCAUCCAAGGAUCAUCCAUAUGAUCCAGCACACGACUCAGUCCUCUCCCGUGUGAAGUAUCUGUUCUCUGCUGAAUCAGUGGCGUCUGAAAGGCGAUGAAGGGCACCCUCUAUCUACUGUAGGAGGAGGGGCAUGUGUUUGUGUUAUUGUGUAACCUGUUAUAUCCAUUUGUAUUUAAAAGUUGCACUUACCAUGCGGUUGUGAAGCGCGGGACAGCAAGCAGCGUGAAUAAGGAGUUUACAAAUAAUUGGGUUGGACCAACCAACUAGUAACUGGUUUUGAAAGAUUGAAAUGUUGUUUGCUGAAGCUGUUGCUUGUGUUUAGAGGAUAAUAUUAAUAUGUAGUGUGAUCAAUUUCAUCAUAA